AUGCCGGCCGAAGAACCGAAACUCAAGACGACGCCGCUGGAUCCGCGGUUCCCCAACACAAAUCAGGCGCAACACUGUUGGACACGCUAUAACGAGUACGUGUUGUGUCUCAAGAGCAAUGACGGGGAUGAAGACGCAUGUCACAAGUACAUGCAAUACGCCGCGUCGGUUUGCCCCAGUUCCUGGAUGGACCGCUGGAACGAACAGCGUGAGGAGGGGACGUUCCAGGGCGUGCAGUAUACCAAGGAAGAGUAA